UCAAAAUCGAUACGGCCAAGGAUGAUGAAUCAGCUGCCAGCAUUUUAACCUUUUAUGUACUUACAGAAAUCAUUCCCAUCCUAUCACGUUCCAAAACCUUUCUCCACAUUACCAACUCAAAAUCGAUAAGGGGAGAGAGAGAGAGAGAGAGAGAGCCAAUGGAGCCUUCAGACAAUCCGCGCCUCCGACCACACGUGCUGGUCCUCCCUACCCCUGCUCAAGGCCACUUAAACCCCAUGCUCCAAUUCUCCAAGCGCCUCGUCUCCAGAGGCCUCAAGGCAACCCUCGCCCUCACCGUCCACUUCGCCGCCUCCAUGCACGCCGACCCCUCCUUGCCCGUUGACAUCGAGACCAUCUCCGACGGCCACGACAUCGGCGGGUUCACGGAGGCCGAGUCCAUUGAGGCCUACCAGGUGGACCUCCGGGUCGUCGGGUCGAGGACCCUGGCCAAACUGAUCCGGAAGCUCGACCGCUCUGGCCGACCCAUCGACGCGGUCAUCUAUGAUGGGUUCCUCCCGUGGGCGCUCGACGUGGCCAAGCAGUGUUGUAAACUUGGAGUCGUCUUCUUCACGCAGACUUGCGCAGUGAACAACAUAUAUUACCAUUUGCAGCGGGGCUUGCUUCCUCUUCCGCUUUCGGGGCCGAGCGUCGAGGUCCCGGGGUUGCCCCCUCUCGAGCCGUCGGAGAUGCCAUCGUUCGUAUAUAAGCUGGGGUCAUACCCUGCCUUUUGUGAUAUGUUGGUGAACCAAUUCACGAACGUGGAUGGUGCUGAUUUUGUUCUGUUUGACACCUUCUAUGAGCUAGAGAAAGAGGUGGUUGACUGGAUGUCCGCCAACUUGUGGCCGCUGAAGACCAUCGGCCCCACCCUCCCCUCCCUCUACUUGGACAAGCGCCUCCCCGACGACACCGCCUACGGCAUCAACCUCUUCACCCCGACCACCACCUCCACCGUCUCCGCCUGGCUCUGCAGCCACCCGCCCCGCUCCGUGGUCUAUGUCUCCUUUGGCAGCAUGGCCGACCUCGACCCCUCCCAGGUUGUGGAGCUCGCCCAUGGCCUCGCCCUCGCUGGCCACCCCUUCCUCUGGAUCGUUCGAUCAUCUGAGCAGCACAAGCUCCCUCGCGACCUCAUGGACUCGAUCCCCUCCGAGCAAGCCCUAAUCCUCCCGUGGUGCAAUCAGUUGGAGGUCCUAGCAAGCGAUGCGAUCGGAUGCUUCGUCACGCACUGUGGGCUCAACUCAGUGAUCGAGGCGAUCUGCCUGGGGAUCCCGAUGGUGGCGAUGCCGCAGUGGACGGACCAGCCGACGAACGCCAAGUUCGUGGAGGAUGUGUGGAGGGUGGGGGUCAGGGCUAAGGCCGAUGAACCGGGGUUCGUUGCGAGGGAGGAGGUGGAGAGGCGCGUGACGGAGGUGUUGGGAGGAGGAGAGAGAGGGAGGGAGAUGGCGGAGAGCGCAAGGAAGUGGAUGGCAGCAGCGAAGGCGGCGAUUGGGGAAGGCGGGAGCUCCGACCGGAACAUCAACGAGUUCGUGGAGGAGCUCAUGAGUCGUGCGUUGAUAGAGUAGUAGAAGAAUCAAUACAUAAGAUUGAUUCGAGUAUUUAUGUCAAAUAAGAUUUGAGAUACAUUCACCGCUCUAUGCGGCUGGAUUCUUAAUGAUGGACAUAAAAAUAUGGCCUCUCUUUUCCUCGCUUUUGUCAUACACAAAAAAAAAGAGGACAAGAUUAAAGGAAGGAAAAUGAAUACAUUCUUCUUGG